ACCUUGGACGUUACCUUCCCGAGUGUACCUAUGGCGCUGUUCUCGUCAUAAUUAGAAAUGAGUAAAUAAGCUUCAGGUUGAUAUAGAAAAAGGCCCUACAGAGAUUGGGAAGAUGGACGAGGAUGAGUCAGGCUAGUUGCUCCGUGUAAUGCUCGACGAAGUCGACUUCGCUCUCAAGGAAUUGUCAAUACCUUCUUCUCGACUAGAGUAUCUGCCGCCAGCCUUGGUCCAGGCAACAACAACAUUCAUCCAAGAGAAUACUAUAACAGUCGGCGAUCAUCUUCAGCUUAUAAACCAAAGCGACCAAAAUCUCCUGAAUCUGCUAAGCGAGGAGUUUGAGACAGUCGGCAGAGACUCUGGGGCGUCGAGGGACCGGGAAGGUAGGGUGGUUGGGGCCAGGGCUACGCGUGAUCCCGCUAUCAUACAUAAUGUCGCGACGUCGCGUGAGUACGGCGGGAAAAAGGUGGCGCAUGAGGAAGAUAGCGUGGGCAGGUGUUCCCUUCUCGUCUGGCAUCGAAGGUAGUUUUUCCACCUGAAGGCCCUCGCAGCUCGAGCACCUUGAUCUCGAUUGGCUCAGCCUCUGGAUACCAACCCUGCGUAUCGUAUGCCGUCACAAAGUUGGCCAUACUCCCGGUCGUAUCAGG